GCUGCCUCCGCGCCGCUCUUCACGUUUGGCAUCAUCGCGGACGUGCAGUGGGCCGACGCGGAGGACGGGUCUAACUAUGACCGCACUGUCGUCCGCCACUACCGGGGCGCGUUCCGCACUCUGCAGCGCGCUGUCGACUGGUGGCGAGCGCUGCCCGAGCCGCCCUCGUUCAUCGCGCAGCUGGGAGACAUCAUCGACGGCGUCAACGUGCGGCUCGGGCAGAGCGCGCCCGCCCUCGAGGCGGCGCUCUCCGAACUGCGCCGCGCGCCCUGCCCCUCGGUAAACUUGGUCGGGAACCACGAGCUCUACAACUUUGACCGGCGAGCGCUCGCCGCGGCCGGGUGGCUGCGGCACGGCGACCGCGAGUACUACAGCUUCUCUCCCGCGGCCGGCUGGCGGGUCGUGGUCCUCGACCCGUACCAGCUCGCCCUCAUCGGCCACGCGCAGGACGACCCCCGCCGCCUGGCCGCCGUCGAGCUGCUGCGCCGCAAGAACCCGGGCGUGCACCCGAGCGGGUCGGGCGGCGCGUGGUUCGAGGGCGUGCGCGGGUACGACCGCCGCUUCGUGCCGUACAACGGCGGCCUCGGCGGGCGGGCUGCACAGCUGGCCGCCUGUCACCCGCUCAGCUCGUGUCACCCGUCCUCCGCCCCAAUAGGCGAGGAGCAGCUCCGCUGGCUGCGCUCCGAGCUGGCUGCGGCCUCGGCGGCGGGCGAGCGCGUCAUCGUGCUGUGCCACGUCAUCCUUGAGCCGCGCGCGUGCGGAGGCAGCACGAUGGCGUGGGACUACGAGGAAGCGCUCGAGGCCGUCCGCUCCGGCGAGGCGGGAGGUUGCGUGGCGGCGGUGCUCUGCGGCCACGAUCACAGCGGGAAGUAUCACUGCGACGACGCCGGC